AUGACGAGACGAGCAUCGCGGUGGAGCCUGCCUGACCUUGCAUUGUCUUUUCAACCGGAUCCAAGUCGACAGUCUCAAUUGGCACCAUUGAUGUGCGAGGUCAAGAAGGUUAUGCAGUUCACUGUCCCCUCGCCGUCACCUCCGUUCCUUUACUUGAGCAUGACCUCGCCGCUUCUGCCGAACGGCUUCGCCACCGAGCCGGCGACCUCGGCAACCGAACCGUCCUCAUGCAUAGGCGCGUCGCCCAACCAUGAACGAACGGUGGGCAGGAUCGAAUCGAAUCGGCAAAGACACCGAACCGGAACCGGAACCCGAACUGGAAUCGGCUCCAAGCCUGACGAACCGAGCCGGCAGGAUUCGAAGCACAAUCGCUCGGUCGAUGCCUGCAACGCCACCGUCUUCCAUCCGCGGCCGUUCGAGGAGAUAUACACCGAACAGGCCUAUCUCACCGCCUCGCUUCAGGUCCAGACGCGGCGGGCCGGUGAACUGAUUCGACGAUACUGCUCGGCCGACGAAGAGUUGACGACGGUGCAGGAGAGCAAAAGGAGAAGGAGUCUGCGCAAGCAUCUCAACCUGCUGCGCCUGCAGAUCAACGCUGCGGCCGAGCAGGAGAAGGUCAUAUUCAUGAGGCUCAGUGAGCUGUACCUCGAGGCGCAAAGUCGACAAACCUGGGGGUGGGCACGCCAACAGAGGCAGUCAACAAAGGCAGAGUCUGGAACGAUAGUGGCAUCAGACAACCCAUCCUCUCCAGAUACACAGAGCUCGUCCUGCGCCACCACGAGGUCUUGGUCACCCUUGAACGGGGCUACGCCGGAGUUUGUGCCGGGAAACCGGUUGGCGCAGCUUGCGGACGCGACCUCUGUGGCGAAGUCCCUUCCGGAGAGAAAGCUGGCGGCGGAUCAAGCACCCAGUGGACCGAAGAACACACGACGGACUCCUUUCCCGGCGCCGGAGACGACGCACGAGGGCGGUGGGGACUUUGGGUGCAACCACGGAUUGAGUUUUCUGUACGAGAAGUACGGUGAGCAUCAGAGAGAGGAGGAAUCCCAGCGGGGACACACUCCGCACGAGCAUGAGCCAGUUCGGCUGAAGCGACUCAGCUUGCCAAAUCUAACAUCGAUAUGGCCCGGCUAA